AACCAAAUGGCAACAAGCUGAACUAAAUUGUAAGCAAAUAUCAGGUGUUAACAUGUAGAAUUUAAUAGUACUUAUUUUAAUUAGAUAAAUUGUAGUUUAUUUCAAAUAUUAUUAAUUGACUAGCUAAAUUAUUUAUUACGUAUUUUUUUUACGUUCUUACUAUAGCCAAGGUUUUGUAAGGAAUGCUACACCAAUUUGAAAUCCAUUAGCAUCGGGAAACACUGCACAUUCUAGACACAUAGUUAACAUUCUGUCAACAUGAAACUUUUAACUCCGAGACGUUUUUGAGAAAAUAUACUGAAAUUUUCCGAAUUGAUCACAUAUUUUAAAUGACUGCCGUUUUUUACUGAAUUGUUUGAUUAAGAUGGAUGAAAGAAGUCAAGAUAAUAAUUUUCUAGUUCAAGAAUUAUUAAAGUUGUCAGCAAAAUCAGAGAAAAAAACUGUAGAGAAAUUUAAACAAUCCAAUGAAAUUAGUCGCUGCAGCAUUUACUUGUCAAUUCUCAAAAAUCUUAGAGAUGCUAUAAAAACAAGCAAUCAGAUUGAGUUUAAGAGAUUGCUUUAUCUGCUGCUUAUGUUGAAUCGUAACAGCCAGCCUACUGAAGUUAUGGAUUAUUUUAACUACAGUGAUGAUAAUCCUCUCAAACAUUCCAAUAUCAUAAUUAUGGCCUGCAAAUAUAACCAAAAAGAAAUUUUACAGUAUAUACUGGGUAAAGCAUGCACUCUUAUCAGUGAUUUAUUUUUUCAAUUUGGAAGAACAUUCCCUUCAACAACUGACGAAGAUGAAGAAUGCCACAAUGCUUUCUAUUAUACCAUACGCUCCGGCGAUAAGCUACUUCUUGAAAUUUUAAUAAAGAAUUGGCCAGGAGAUUAUUUUGCAUCACGUCCCGAAGAACUGUGCCAACUUCUAUCCGAAAAUUACAAUGAACUUAAAUUGAAAAAUGUGAACAUAUCCAUUGAAAUGCAGAUGUUUAUUCACAAUGUUCUAUUAGACUUCUAUUUCAAAAGUAACGGUUUCGGCGAUGUCACUGAAACCUCUCAUGCAGAGUAUAAGAAAAGGAUAUCACUGCUUUUAGAGUAUUAUCAAAGAUUGAAGACAGAGUGUGAAAAUUAUUCAUAUGUUGAGCCAAUAAUUGUUUUAUCAAAACUUAUAGCUUUAAACAUAUUUCUGUUAAAGAAAUGCUUGAAAUCAACAUAUGGCAGAAUACCUUGGGAAGAAAUGGAAUAUCACUUAAUAUCUUAUAUUCGAUAUCUGACUCAUCAAGGAAAUUAUGUCAACUGCUUUGUAACACGGAAUGAUGUGUUAACAUACCUCAGUUAUUUUUUGGACUGCUUAGUUAAUGAAACAGAAACAAUUACCGAUACCAGAUUGAAAUACUUAAAUAAACUUCCGAGAGCCAAACGUGAUGAUGUCGUUAGAAGUAUCAUUGAAAAUAAGCCUUAUUUUGAAGAACUGUAUAAAAACUUUGCUUUAAUUCGAGAUUGUGAGUCCCUCAAUGUAAUUAAAAAGUAUGUCGGCAUAGCGGUUAAAGUUAAUCCACAAGAAAAGAAAGGAAAAACAGUAAUAGUCAGAGCAUUACAGAUGAUGGGAGAAAACUUAAAAAAUACCUUUGAAUCUCCAAACUUAUCUUCAGCGACUAGUGAUUAUUUGAUGUCUUUUUUGCCUGAAAAAACUAACAAAAUUUUAAUUCAUCUACGUAACUCAUUUUCACAUGGUUUCCCGUUAUCUAAGUGCAAAGAGAUGGAACAAAGUUAUGGAACUGAGUUUUAUGCAUGUGUUCAGAGCGAUAUAAAGAACCUAGAACGGGGAAUAACAACAGUUUUACAUAAAAUAAAGGUCAAGACUGUCAAAAUUUUGCUGCGGAAAAUAUGCGAUUGUGAAAAUGUUGAAAGGCUGAAAGAAACUUUUGAAAUGCUUCAAGCUUUAAACUUACGUAAAUAUUUAUUUACGCCCGACGCUUUUUCAAGCAAUGAUAACAUAACUGAACUGGAAACACUUGUAUGCGAGUUAAAAAAUAAUAUUCCGGAAAAGACACAACUUGAAAAUUGUAUUUUUGACAAAAUCGAUAAAAUUAUAAGGAAUGAGAAGAAACUUCCGCAAAAUUCCCAUUUUGACUAUGCCAAAUACGUAAUGUUGUUAAACGUUGCGCAUUCUUUUAAUUUUUAUUUGAAUGAUUCCAACAUUUCUACAGUAAAGUGGAAAAUUGAAACUACUUUAAGCUCCUUCAAAAACCAAAAGAAAUCAGAAAAAUUAAAACAAAUUGGACCUUUAAUGAUGGAACUAUUAAAAAUUAUUCAACACAAAUUAGAUAAACCAGGUUUAUAUCAGUUGUUUCACAAAAUAUUUUUCUUAACAAUAAUGCAGGGGCGUUAUAUAAAGUAUCUUCAGGAACUAAAAGAAAGCUUUAAUAAAAGAAAAUCUAGGCCCAUUCCGGAACAAACUAAUACUGAAAAUUACACAACCACUUACUAUCAAGACUUACUUUUAAAUGACAUGGAUGCUUUAAGAGAAUUAGUAAAAUUCCAUAACUUAUCUAAAAAUAAUCUCGAAGCUUUUCUGGAGUACAAAAGUGAUCUAACUCUUCAAUCAGAAAUCGAAAUGCUUAUACUAUCAAUUUUAUCAAGUUUAGAAAAUACAGAACAUUUUUUGAUCAACAAUAAUUUGCCUCUGAAUAAUGAAUAUUCUUUAUUAGUUGGGAAAAGUUUGAGAAAUCAUCUUGCUCAUAGAAAUAAUUUAGCUGACAUAUUAUUGAAUCCUGAUCAGUCAAUAUUUUUAUUUGCACUGAAACUUACUAAAUUUAAUUUCCAUAAAAUUGGCAAAAAUUCAAUGAUCAAAGUAUCUGGUGUUAAGUCAAACGCACGUUUUCAUUUCAAGAACAUAUCUCGCAUAACAAUUCAGAGAAGUUUAUUUUUAUCCCUAUCCAAUGAAUCCUUGGAAAAUAUCAAAUGUUGGAUGAGGAAAGGAGCUGAUAUAUUUGGACGAGACAAUUUUUUGACAACCUCUUUACAUUUUGCCACAAAAUCAUCUAAUCUUGAUACUCUAAAGUUCUUAAUUGAUAAUGGAAUGGACUACAAAGCUAAAGACUUUAAUAACAGAAGUAUUCUUCACACUGCUGCUGCUUCCAGUAACAAAGAACUGGUUGAUUAUAUCAUCAUAGAAUUAGGUUUAUCAGUUGAUGAACGCUGUGAUCAGUUGAAAACUCCCCUUCAUUAUGCAGCAGAAAGUGGUUCAGUAGAAAUUGUAAGCACUUUACUGAACCAUCAUGCGAAAGCCAAUUUUAAAGAUUUUUUCUUCUUAACACCUCUGUAUCGAGCUGCUAGCAACAACAGGUUAGAGAUAAUUUCACUAUUUCUUAAAAAUGUUAAAAAUAUUGAUUCACUGCAACAUGUAGGUGGAUUUACAUUGUUACAUUACGCUGCUGAGAGCGGUUUUCUGCAGUUAGUUGAAUAUUUUAUUCGAAAAGGAGCAAACGUUAAUGCAUUGACAGACAGAGGUGCAACUCCUUUACACUUAUCCGCCUUCUUUGGACACUUAGAAGUAGUUAAAUUCUUAAUUUCGAAUGGGGCUGUUGUAGAUUAUUCGGAUCUGGAAGAAAUGACGCCUCUACAUCAUGCGGCUGAGAAGGGACAUGCUUCGGUUGUAAGAUACCUCUUGGAAAAAGGGGCAAAUGUAAACGCUUUAAAUUGUGCUGGAUUUUCAUCAGUGCAUUAUGCAAUCGCCAUUCAAAGUGUAAACAUAAUGCAGAUAUUAGUUAACUUUGGCGCUAAUAUCGAACACAAUUCAAAACAGAGUCCAUCUGCGUUGGAAUAUGCUGCAUCUUAUGGUACUAGUUUAGAUGUCAUUAAUUUUUUGAUUAUAAAUAAAGCUCCCAUUAAUGCUAAAAACUCACAGGGAUUCACUCCUCUUCAUGUUAGUAUUGCUAAUUUUAACAUUGAUAUUACUGCCCGCUUAAUAGAAUGUGGAGCUGAAAUUAAUGCACAAAAUAUUGAUGGUGUAACCCCUCUAAGUCUUGCUAUUCAAGUUGGUAAUUUUGUUUCUUUCAAUCAACUGCUAAAGGCUGGGGCUGACAUUUUUUUAAAUGAAAUCAAUAACCAAACAUUAUUGCACAAGUGUGCUACUACAUCUUCUGAAAUAACAUCAGUAAUGGAAAUGCUUAAAGCAGAUAUUCCUGAUCUUUAUGAGGUGUCUAUAUCUAAUUCCGUUAUAUUAGAGAUGUUCGUAAGACUUGUAGGUGAAGGAGCUGACUUUGAAAAAAAGAAUGAACAUGAUCAGACACCCAUGCAUUUAGCUUGCUUUUCCGGAAAUAAUGAAGUUGUAAAAUAUUUAAUUCACAAAAUGAUAAAUAUAAAUAGCUAUGACAAUUUUGGAUAUACACCUUUGCAUUAUGCUGUGCUGGGAAAUCAUCUUGAAGUAGCUCAGUCCCUUCUUAUGAGUGGAAAAUGCUCUUUAAAUCUAACCUCAUUGGAAGGUAAUACUGCAUUAAGUUUAGCUUCAGGAAGCAAAUGCGUGGAAAUCUGUCGUUUAUUGGUAAAAAAUGGGGCCGACGUAAAUGCUGGUAGACCAUUAGUUAAAACACUUAAGAAUUGGUCCUCUGAAAUAUGGGAAAUUCUUCUACGGGAAAAAAACCUUGAUGUUAUGAAACAAUUUAAAGACCAUAUUUUGCCCCUUCAGGGAGCUUGUGCAACCGGAAACAAGCAAAUGGUUUCAAGUCUUCUUGCUACACAAAAAUCAUUAGGGAUGGACUUUUCUAAAGAGUUGAAUCAGUCUUUGUAUUUCGCUAUUGUUGCUGGUCAUGUCGAUAUUGUGACUAUUUUGCUAGAACAUGGAGCUGAGGCAGACAAACCAUUAGAAACAGGUGGUUUUUUUACCCCUUUACAUAUGGCAGCAGUUCAAGAUCAGACCAAAAUCGUAGUAACAUUGUUAAAUUACGGAGCUGAUCCGAAUAAAUUGGAUGCGAAAGCUAGAAAACCAAUUGAAAUGGCUGUCGCACACAAUUGUUUAAAUGUUGUAAAAUUUCUGUGCACGAAAACAGAUGCAAUUUCAAAUGUUUCAGGUAUUAAUAAUUACACUUUGUUACAUAUUGCUACAGAAUUCGGUCACUUAGACAUGGUUAAGUAUUUGAUUGAAUCCGGUGCUUCCAUUACGUCCCUGGAUUCUAUGCAGCGGAAGCCAAUUCACAUUGCUGUUCAGAAAGGACAUUUACAUAUUUUGCAAUACUUUAUCGNUUUGGAUUUGGACAUAAAACUCCUCUAA